AUGUGGGUUGCCGCGGUCUCCGCUGCUGCGCAGAAGUACGGCGGCACCCCAGCGAGCGCCGCGGUUUCCACCUCAGACAGAGACAGGAUUCCUUCUGUCCCUCGUCACUCGCAGGUCUCGAGCUCUCCAGAGUCGUCUCGUGCGUCUACGUCUCCUGUCUCUUCUUUCUCCCUUUCGUCUCCCAGUGCUAAGCGGCGGAGCCUGCGCCCUGCUCGACCCAUCCCUCAGCCCAACGCGCCUUCGUUCGCCCUGUCUGCAAAGAGACGAACGGCUGUUUCCCCUUUCGGUCUGUUUCUCUCUGCUUCUCCUUUCUCCCUGCUUCACGGAGUCGUCGCGUGUCACGCCGGCAAAGACGGUCCCCCUUCUGUUUCUUUCCGGCGCCCGCAGCCCGUCGAGAGAGGGAGUGGAGAAGGCACGAUGCCUCCUCCGCCACCUGCAGCCUUCCCGCGAUCCGCCAAGCCGCCAGAAACCGUCGUUGUCUCGGGGGGUCCAGAUGCAACGCCUCUCGUCCGCUUCCUUCUCGCGAGUCCCAAGUCCGGGUCUGUGUGCUCUCCAGUUGCUGGGGGCGGGGAUCCGGCUCCCCCUGCUGAGCUACUUCCGCUUUCUCCGCGCUUUCUCCCGAGCGACAUUCGUCUACCUUCUGUCGCAGGGACCUCCGGCGACGCGCGCGUGCAUGCAACUGGAAAGCCGCAGGAAAAGCGAGACAGCGAGCGCGAGGAAGACACGGAUUGCCAAGUGUAUCUCCUGCAAUUCGAGAGCUGUCCCUUCUGUCGGAAAGUGCGCGCCUGCCUCGAUUUCCUCAAGAUUCCUUACACCAUCGUCGAAGUCGAGCCCCUCCUGAAAAAGGAGCUCAAACCGUUCGGCUACUCGAAAGUUCCCCUCCUCGUGAUUGCGCGCCAGGCGCCUGUCGCUGCGCCGCCCGAAGCCGCCCUUGUAUCUGCAGCCGCCGCGCAAAUCCUGGCUCGCUGGGCGGAGGAAGACGCCACGAAGAAACCCGAGGCGCGACGUCUCUUUGCUCUUGCCGACAGCAAGGCGAUCGUGCAUGCACUCGUGGAACACCAGCGGAAGCAGCCGAACGCUCGCCCAGACGCACAACCGCGGAGACAGCGCGAGGUCGAGUGGCUCAUCUGGACAGAUCAAGUUCUCGUUCAGCUCAUUGUGAUGAACGUCUACCGAACCAUGCAGGAGUCGCUCGAGACGUUUUCUUACCUCCUCACGCACCCCUCUUUCUCCUACCUCCAGCAGCUGUCAGGACGAUGGACAGGCAGCGUCGUGAUGCGGCUUGUCGCGCGGCAAAGGAAGAAACGCUACGCGGUGGAUGAUGUGCGGCGCGCUCUCUACGACACACUCGAUGACUUCAGGCGAUCCUUUGAAGAGAGCGAAACUCCGUCGUUGUUUUUUGGAGGAACCCAGCCUGACGAGGUCGACCUCGCUGUCUUUGGAAUCCUCAACAGUACAGAAGGAUGCACGGUGGAAAAAGACAUCCUCCAACACAGCUCCAUUGGGCCGUGGUUAAAGCGCAUGCGGCAGGCCGUAGGCCCUUCCACUGCGUUCAAUCACAUUCCCCGGGGACCGUCACCGUCUGCGUCUUCUCCUUUUUCUUAA